ACGGGUAGGGGCGGGCGCGCAGGACUCGGGCCCAGUCCGCGGCUGCAGUCCGACUGCGCUGAUCAUCGCGCUCAUGUCUCUCGACGCGCGUUCGCAGGAUGAACUACGAGGCUUGUGAAAGUACACCGGUGCCGAUAAAACGCGAGGCCGAGUACCCGGACGAUGAGGAGCAGUACUACGGCUAUACGCCGGUGGAGGUGGACGGCCACGCCGAGCUGUCGGCGUUUGCGCCCUCGUCACCGACGCGGCUCAUGGACCUGAGCAACGGCUCGGAGCGUCCGCCGCAGCCCUGGCCCGCCAACAUCUCCUUCGACAGCGAGGAGCGAGACUAUCAACAUCCCUACCCGUCCUACGACCAGCAGUACCAGAGGAAUUCCCUGGAGCGCCAGUUCCAUAGGAAUUUCUAUUUCGACGACUCAAAUUCACAGGACCGACUCCGAAAUUAUUACGAUAGUGAGACGCCGAAGCUGGGGGAGGGGUACCGUAAUACCUCGACAGAUGAUCAGUCGAAUGUGGAAACGGAGGAGCAGAGGAGAUCGCGGAAGCGUUCGAAGUCGUCGAGGAAGAAGGCUCAGAGCUACGAGGAGAUGCAGGUGCAGCGGGUGAUGGCGAACGUAAGGGAGCGACAGCGAACUCAGAGUUUGAACGAGGCGUUUGCGAGUUUGCGGCAGAUCAUUCCGUCGCUGCCGAGUGAUAAGCUGUCGAAGAUUCAGACGCUUCAGCUGGCGACGCGGUACAUCGAGUUCCUGUAUCAGAUCCUGUCUAGUGGCGAGACGGCCAGCGACAGCGGCAGCGACGCCGGGAGCGACCACGGCAAGUACCUAGCCCAGGACAAGCUCAGCUACGCCUUCUCCGUCUGGAGGAUGGAGGGCGAGUGGACCAAUGGACAAACGUGACAGUGUAAACCACCGUGAAAAGACGCUUUAAAUAUUCCAUUUUUGUAAACAUUUCUAAAUAAGCUAGCGUAAGUUAGACGUAGUUUUAAAUUGAAAGUAUCGUAAAAAUUGCAAACAUGUGAUAGUUAAUUUA